AAGGAUAAACUUGUGUACGUCAGUAUAUCCGCAUAUCAGUCGUCUUCCUCAACAUCCAAACUUGCUGAGAAACACCAUCUCUGAAUUGCGUCCACGAGACCUAACAACUCUCUCCGCAAAUUCGAGGUCCCAAUGAGUUUAUUCUGCAAUUCAAUUGAGACCCUUUAUCCAAAGCCUUACCUUCCCCACAAACCUCACUUCUUUUCCCUCUCCGAUACAAAACUCCGAAACCUUAGCUUCGCCGGAUUCCCUCAUCUCCGGAUCAAAUCAUGCCUCAAAUCAGCUUCUUCCUCCGAAAUCGACAUGGUGAGGAACAAAGAAGGAGUCUUCGCCCCAAAGGAGAAGAAAGUAGUCGUCUUGUGGGACCUCGACAACAAACCGCCCCGCGGCCCGCCUUACGAGGCCGCGACGGAGCUCCGGCGAGUCGCGGAGAAGCUCGGCCGAGUCGUCGAGAUCUCCGCGUACGCGAACCGCCACGCUUUCAUCCACUUACCUCACUGGGUCGUCGAGGAGCGGCGAUCGAGGAGGAGCGUCGACUUCGCGGAGAGGAAAGGCGAAGUGAUCCCGUCGGAGCCGUACAUCUGCGGCGUCUGCGGCCGUAAGUGCAGAACGAAUCUCGACCUGAAGAAGCAUUUCAAGCAGCUUCACGAGCGGGAGAGGCAGAAGAAGGUGAACCGCAUGAGGUCUUUGAAGGGGAAGAAGCGUCAGAAGUUUAAGGAGCGUUACGUCUCCGGGAACGAGAAGUACAACGAGGCGGCGAGGAGGCUGCUCACGCCGAAAGUCGGGUACGGGCUCGAGGCCGAGCUGAGGAGAGCGGGGGUUUACGUGAAGACGGUGGAGGAUAAGCCGCAGGCGGCGGAUUGGGCGGUGAAGAGGCAGAUACAGCAUUCGAUGACGCGUGGGAUUGACUGGUUGGUUUUGGUGUCGGACGAUAAGGACUUUUCGGAUAUGUUGAGGAAGGCGAGGGAGGCUGAUCUCGGGACGGUUGUGGUGAGUGAUAGGGACGGUGUGUUGGGGCGGCAGGCUGAUUUGUGGGUGCCUUGGAUGGGGGUGGAGAAUGGGGAGAUUGGGGAGAAGGAUUUGGUGCCGGAGAAGAGACGGCGGUUUGAUGACGAGGAUGAGUUGUUUUCGUUGGCGUAUGAUGAGGAUAAGAGGGAGGAGAGCGAUGGGUUUGGGAGGUUUAGUGUGUCUGCGUUUUCGGAAGAUGAAUGGGUGGAGGAUGAGGGGGAUUUUGCGUUGAGUGAUAGUGACGAUGAUAGUGAGGAUGAGCUCGGCUUCUGAGUUGUAGUUGUGGAUGUUUCGAUCGGUUUAGGACAUGAACCGGGAAUUUGAGUUGAAAAGAAGCUCUGGUUGAUGUGUCAUUUUUUUUGGAGCAGUAUACUCUGAGAUCAAGAGUGGAACCAAUCUUUUGCGUAAGCAGAAAAGCAAUGAGAUUGUCGAAUGAUCUGCUGUAUCAUACAUUGUAUGAGACUAAUGGUAUAAAGCUAAGUGACACUCUUAUCACAACUCAAGCGGUGAACAAUCAGAGAUUAUACUCAUGUCCAUAAUGAUUUGGUAAAAAAAAAUCAUAAUACUGCAAAGCUUGUCUCGUUUGUU